AUGAUUAAUAAAUCGCAACACGGAUUCCUUCACGGUCGCUCAUGUGUCACACAACUUCUAACCGCCUUACAUCAUAUUGGACAAUUGCUUGACAGUAACGUUCAGACAGACAUUCUUUUUCUUGACUUUGCUAAAGCCUUUGAUUCCGUUGAUCAUACUAUUUUAUUGAAGAAACUGAAAUCUUACGGUAUCUCAGGCAACAAGUACAAUUGGUUUACUGAUUAUCUGCGUGGUCGUACUCAGCGUGUCGUUGUCGAUGGUGCAACUUCUGAAUGGUCUCAAGUUACCUCCGGUGUUCCUCAGGGUAGUAUCUUAGGGCCUAUGCUGUUCCUUCUUUUUAUCAAUGACCUCCCUGACAUCAUGCAUUCCUCCAUCAACAUCAACCGGUCUGUAUGCCGACGAUACAAAGCUGUACAAAGCAAUAAGAGCACGCCAGGAUUGUGA